AUGUUGGAUGAAGAUCAGAUCAACACACUCAAUGCUGUCGAGCGCAUGGGCGCCUCACUGUCGCUCACCGGGAUCAUUCUGAUCUUCAUCACGUUUGCAAUAUUCAAACGCCUCCGGACUAUACCCAACACCUUUAUCUUUUUUGCUUCGAUUGCAAAUAUUGGGGCCUGCGUUGCCUGCAUGAUAGGAUAUGAUGGGAUUGUGGCUAUGAACCAGGAUCGAUCAUCUCCUCUCUGCCAGGCACAAGGCUUCAUUUUUGAAUGGUUUAUGCAGUCCGAUCCUUGGUGGUCCUUCGCGAUGGCCAUCAAUGUCUACAUGGUCUUCUUCAUGUCCUGUAAUCCUACGACCUUUCGACACUACCUAUGGCUAUAUUGUAUAAUCUGCUACGGUCUUCCAGCGAUACCGGCCUUUAUAUUUCUCUUUGUACGUAUGCCAAAGGGUCUUAUAUACGGUGACGCCGUGCUCUGGUGCUGGAUAGCGUCUCAAUGGAACGCACUGCGGAUCUAUUCCUAUUACCUCCCGAUCUGGAUCUGCAGCGUUUUGUCUGCCGUCAUUUACUUUGCCGUGGGCUAUCAUGUGUUUCACCAGCGCAAUCAGCUGCGGAACCUGUCACUGAGUAACCAAGGCAAGGACGCGAUGAGGGAGGAUUCCGAUCUGCGAGACUCGGCAGAAAAGAAUCUGACGUCUCAUUCCGGGUCGGGUUACUAUGGAACCGUGACAACCGAAGUGCAAGUCACCAGCGCAGCGAUCUCGCCCAACUCCUUGCCUGCCUACCACCGCCGCAGCAGCAACAGCAACAGCAGCGGCGUGGACAAGAGCAAGACGAACAGCAGCAAAAACAUCUUCCGAAGCGUGUCGCACGGCACGAGGCGGUUCGGGCAACGGCUGAGGCACAUGGACCCCGUGAAGCUGGCGUACCUGCGCACGUCGUUUGUCUUUGCCAUCUCGAUCCUCGUGACAUGGACGCCCUCGUCCAUCAACCGCGUGUACACGCUCAUCUAUCCAGACAGAGCCUCGUACGGGCUCAACAUCGCCGCUGCCGUGGUGCUGCCGCUGCAGGGCGUCUGGAAUGCCGUCAUCUACUUCACCACCUCCCCCAGCAGUGAGGACCUCGAGACCGGGCAGAGCGGCGGCAGUUUUGCGCUCGGGUCGUCGGCCAGAUCGCCCAGGAGCGAGAUGGGGCGGAGCAGGAGGCUGGACGGCGAGAGCCGUGACGGGGAUGAAGGGGUCGAGCUGCAAAGCCCGUUGUCGUCGCCCGUGGUCUCGCCGGUUGUCACGCCUCGACGGCCUCAGCCUGUGAGGAUGAGUACUAUGAGGGUCACUCAGAAACAGCUAGACCAGCUGAACUGA